AAAGAAAAUCAAUAAAAGAUAUUCUAAUAAUAGAAAAUAAUCAAAGCAAAGCAAAGAAAAGAAAAGAUUUAGUGUACUUAAAAUCUAACAUCGGCAUUGUUUCCUAAUCAAACACCAAAUAGAAGAAACAAAAACCAUUGCAAAUUUUAAAAUUUUAUUAAACUAUUGAGUGUAAUUGAAUUUGAAAUACUUAGACUGCACUAAGAACACAUCUGAUAAUAAAAUUACAGAAGGUACAAAAAGGAUUACUUAAUUUUUUUUGGAAUGAAAGGCACUAGAGUUACUCAUAUUAAACUUUCAACAUUAAUAAGAAAAGCUAGCCGAAGAAAAUCAACUGCAACAACAAGCGAUACAACACAAGAACAAUCACUAGAUGAAGAAAGCUCUUCAGAAUCCAAUGAAUCAAUACAAAAUAAAUCUGAUCAAUUAAUACCAAAUUUAACAUUUAUUGCAAAAAAUGAUGAACAACAACAAGAUGAUCGUCUACCACCGCCAAUAGUACCGAGAAAAAUAUUGCCAUCAACUAGUCGCAGCUGUAGCACAGAAAAACAAUCAAAAAACAAUUUGAAUGACUUAAAGAAAUUGCAAAAUAAUAAAAAAAAUCAACAAACAUCUGAAGACAUCAAUUCUAAAAUGGAUGACUCGAAGAAAUCUACAAGUGACGAUAAUAGUAUUGAAGAAGAUAUUGAAGAAAUAUUACCAACUGCUUCUUCAUCCAAUGAUAGUGAUAAAAGUAGUCCAAAGAAUAUAAAUAAAAUUGAUGUCAACAAAAGGCGAGAUUUAUUUGGUAUAUCUUCGCAGGAUUCAAAAUUUAGUAUUGAUGACGAAGAAUUGUCAGGAAUUGGAUUAACUCAUCAUUUUUUCAUAGUUGAUGAGAUAAAUAAAACUAAAAACGGUGAAGAAAAAUUAAAACCUAUUCAAUCAAAUAAACCAAAGUUAUCAGAAACAUCAUUAAAAAAUAAAAGCUCUGAAGAGGCUAACGAAACGGCAACCAUAAAAAAUUUAGCACAACCUAGUCAAAGUAAUAUUAAAGAACAAUUUAGGAAAAAUUCCAAUGAUAGUAUUGAAAAAACGAUUGAUAAAAAUGUACAUCGACGUUCAUCAUCAGAGGCAAAAUCCACCGAAACACAUUCACAAGAAAGUAUAAGCAACAGUACAAUUAAAUCAGAGGUUCCAACAACGUCUGAUGUAGGUAAUUUUGAGAAAAAUUCACAAACUUCAGAAAAGGUUUUGCCGCACAGAAGUAGUAGCAAUGUAAGUAAUAGAUCCGAAGAUACUGAAAAAUUUGAAAAGUCGUCAACCGUAGCUAGUAAAUCGGACGUAUCAGAAAACGUGUCAAACCAUAGAAUUCUAGAUGAUAAAAAACAACAAUCCAAAGAACAAUUAGAACGUCAUUCUUCAGAUGAUUCGAAUGUAAAAACAAAUUCAAAUAGCGAUAAACUUGCUAGAUCAUCUGAACUAAAUGAGUCUGAGAAUGUUUCGGUUCACAAGAGUACUAGCAGUUCCGGCGGUAAAUUACUGAACAGAGCCUCUACUAAAGAGGAGUCCAUAGAAGAAUUUUCGGAAAAUAUUGUUCCUGCCGAAAAAGUAGAACGUCCACAUUUAAUUAUUAAGAUAAAUUCUCAACCAGAUGAGUCAGGAGACGUACUAACCACUGGGCCAAAUGAAAGUCUAACUAAUCAAAGUACGGCGAAUGAAGUCUCCGAAUUGAUUGAAGAAAGUAGUGAUCAGAAAGAAACCCAAAGUUUAGGUUUGAGUAGCAAAUCAAUUAAUGAUAAUAAUCAGCAAUCGUCCAAAAUUAUAGCAAAAUUGUCUGAACGUAAAAAUUCAAAAGAUUCAGUUACUGAUACUUCACGUAGUGAUACCCAAAAAGCAGAUGCUCAAAUUUGUAAUGAACUUAUUAAAAAUUUAAAUACUGAUCUGAGGGAAAAUGAAAUUUCAAAAAUUAAUAAAAUUUCUACAAAUUUUUUGACUGUUCCGAAGGAAACGAUGGAAGAAGGAGGUAAAAAUUCAAUGCCAUCUAUUCCGUCGUCCUCACAAGAAGACGACAUGGAUGCAUUAAAAGAAAAAAUUUUGUCAAUAAAAUUGACUCCAAAAUCUGGUCCUCCUGGACCUCAUAUGGCUCGUGAUGUGUCUUACGAACAAGCUGAUGAUCAACAUAUUGCAAUAAAACCAAUGGAAAAAGUACAAAUUGAUUUUAAUAAAGACAUUUUAGAAGAUAUCACUGAAGAAUCUGAAAAAAUUUCAACAGCCGGUUUGGAUCAAUUAAAUCAAAUUACAGAUUUUGACAAUAAUACUUCAAAUGAUUUCGAUAGUAUUGUUAGUUUAAAUAUGAUCCAAAUGUUGGAAAACAAAAUUAAAGAUUUACAGGAUGUAGUUACUGCUAAAGAUAUUUGUUUAAGUGCUCUUAAUAUGCAAUUAGAUGCUGCUCAACGGAGAGAAUCGUAUGCCACAAUAGAGAGUUUUCGAGAAAGUUUUGAUAAAUUGCCCCCCAGUGGUAGAGAUUCAUCAAGUUUAGCUACUAAUUCCACUGAGUAUAGAGGCUUGCAAGAAGAGUUGGGGAAUAAGCUUUUUGAUUUUCAUUCAGAAAUUACACAAAGAGAUACAGUAAUUGAAAAACUUACAGAAUCUUUACAACAAUCUAUACAAAUACGAGAAGAUCAUCAAGUUCAAAUCGACAAGUUACAUACGGAGCUUCAAUCUCUAAGAAAACAAAUUUCAGAACUAACUCGUAAGCCAUCAUUACCACCAUGGUCUAACCGUAUUCAAGAUCAAGAAAGUAAUGGUCAACGUUUGUCUGAGAUUUCAAUUGAUUUGGUUAGUGAAAGUGAUGAAGAUUUAGAUCGUAACUUUCUUACUGAUAAUGAGGACCGUAAUUCGAGGCACUCAAGAGAACGUAAAUUUUCACUUGAUUUGGGUCAACCAUCCGGUGUUGAAAAUUUCGAGCAGCAACCCGGGUCGCAAAUGUCAGUUAGUAAGCAAAUAGAACAAUUUCAAAAAUAUUUAAAUCCAGAGGAAUUAAGAAUAUUUUUUAUGGUUCAAAAAAAGUUUGAUGAUUUUUUGAGUCAAGAAAUUGCAAAAUUUAAAGCAAAAUAUGAUAGUGAAAUUAAAAUUUUGGCAGAUCAAAUGGAAGCUGAAAAACAUGACCGAGAUUUAGAGAUUGCUAGAUUGAAACAACUUUUAAGUAGCGUUAAAAAUGGAUCUACGGAAUUAAUUCAAUUACGACAAGAGCUUGAUCAAAUUCAUGCCAAGGAAAUGGAAGAUCUUAGGACAUACUUUGAGAAAAAAUGCGCUGAUUUGGAAAAGCAGUACUCUGAAGAAAUAUUUUCUCAGCAUAGUUUACGUAAUGAUGUUCAAUCAGAUGUUUCAGAUCAAGAAAAUUUACCUCAUGAUGAUUCUCCUAUCAAAAAUCAAACAUCUAGUAAAACCAAAGAAACAAAUAUUCGCAAAAGAACACGUGAAGAAUUGUAUGCAAGCCCAAGCCACCGUCAAAUGACACCGACUGCUAUUUCUCCAGAAAGAAAUCAACGAAAAUCAUCGUUAAUUGAAGAAAAUGCUAAAGAAGGGGAACCAGAUAUUGAUGUUAAUGAACUAAAAACUUUCUAUAAAGAAAAAAUACAAGAACUUAAUGAUAAACAUGAAAAAAUAGUUAAAAACUUGAAUGAAAAACUUAAAAGAUUUGAAUCAAAAUAUGCUGAUGAUGAAUUUAUGAAUAAAUCCGAUCCAACAACAGCAACAUCUGGAAUUACAAAAUCUGCUGUUGUUAACGCUUAUGCUCAACCGGAACAAAUGUCCUCUUAUAUAAUUAUUGAUGAAGAUGAAAUGAUGAAUGAUGGUAAUGAAAUAGAAAAAAUCGCAGCUGAAUAUGAGAGACGUUUGGUUGAGCAAGUUCAAUUAGCAAAAGAAGAUUUAUUUAAAGAGUUGGAAGCUCAAAUACAGGCUUUACUUUCUGAAACAGCAGCAGAAGAUCAACAUUGGCCACCCGAGUUGAUUCUGCUAAGAGAAAAAUUCACUGCUAAAAGUCAAUUAGAAAUUGCUCAAUUACAAAUUAAACAUGAAGAAGAGAUGGCUCGUCUUAAAGCUAAAUAUGAAAAACAAUUGAAUCGAAAAAUAAAACGGCAAUCAACAUUUGACUUAAGUCGGGACUUAGAUACUAUUAUAAGUGAAAGAAAUAGUUUAAGGGAACUAUCAUUAGCUUUCAGAAAUGUUACUAGUGAAUUAGCAAAAUGUGUUUCAUUAUGUGAAGAUGAUUUUAAUUCAACAUUCCUUGAAGAUUUACAAAAACUUUCAAUAUCACAACAUGGCCAAAGUACAUUAAUAGGUGAUAUUUCGAAUGUUUCUGAAUCGGGAGAUAAUUUAGAUAAUUCAUUCUUUAAUGAACCGUUAAUGAAAAAAUUAAUCUUUGAAACAACACUUCAAAAACGUUUGGUUCCUGAUGUUUCAUCUCUUCUUAAUGUUGUUGAUGAUCCUGAAUUACUUAUGUAUAUAUCUACUAAUACCGAUUCAAAUGAUAAUAAAUCACCGAAUACAAUUUUAACUAGUGAUAAGUUCAAUUUAAAAGAUUGCAUUGAAAAAUUAAAAAAUGAAGCACAAAUGUUAUUAGAAUUAUCUGAAAAUCUAUUCCAAAAGAAACAAUUAAAUGACAGUGAUUUACCAACUACUACAAAUGAAGAAGAAAAACAAGAUGCAUGUGAAGAAGAUGGUCUUAGAAAUACAAGAUCGCCCAAGAAAGUGUUACGAGCAAAUUCAAUGAAUGAAAAUUUAUUACGUGCCGAUAGUGAAAGACAAUCAAACUAUUUAAGUCAUUUAUCAAGUCUUCCGCCUGAUUUAAAUAAAAUUGUAAAUUUUGAAUUGAAUUUAGAAGAUUAUACAUCAUCAGGUGGUCCUGUUAGCGAAUUAAAUUUCCAUGUAAAUGAAUUAAGAAGUCGAUUAGUCAAAUCAGAAAGUGAUAAAGUAAAAUUACAGCAAGAAUUAAAUGCAACAAUAAAAAGAAAUUGUGAACUUGGAGUAGAAUUAGCUGCAUUACGAGAUCAAUUAGAGCAUUUAGAUUCAAAUCGUGAAGAAUAUACUGAGGGUUACGGUAUUGGUGAUAUUAAAAGUCCUCAGCGUAUGAAAAAUAUUAAACAUUCAAAUAAUUUUGCCCAAUUACAAGAAAAAGCUAGAAAUUUAUUGGGUACACCAAAGAAAACUAAUGAUGCUGAUAUACUUUUACAAAUUAUUGAAGAUUUUUGUCGUGAAGGUGAUAAAGUUAUAGAAUGCGGUAAAAAAGAUCAUGAUGAUUUACAAGCACAGAUUGAUGCUGCUGAUAAACAACUGAAAGCAACAAGAGUAUUUUUGGAAGAGCAGGCUGCUGAACGUGAAUUAGAACGUGAUGAAUUUGUAAAGGAAAUUGAAAAAUUAAAAAAUCUUUUACGUGACAAAGACAAGGAACGUACUUCAUUACAAAACGUUUCUAAUGAGAAUGUGAAAAUUUUAUCCAAUAAUCGACCUGCUGAACGUAUGGAAUAUCAAAUAAAAGAAUUAAAUGGUCAAAUAUCAGAAUAUGAGGCGAAAAAAGAUAAAUUAGAAAUUGAAUUGAAAGCAUCCAUUGAUAAAGUUUUUGUUCUAAGAGAAAUUAUUUCUGAUUUAGAGACGCAAGUGGAAAAGAAAUCAUUAAAUGAACGUGUUCUGAAUGAAAAGGUUAAGGAAUUAGAGUCCUAUACCAAUGAACAGAAUCAUUCCAUAGAAAAAUUACAAAAUGAAAAUGAAGUACUUAAAAAUGAAAUUGGUCAAGGCUAUCAAGACCGUAUAACACAUUUAGAAGAUGCAUUACGAAAUUCACGACCUUCUAGUGAACAGAGUGCUCUAUUACGACAAUUUGGAGAGCAGCUUCGAGAUAUUUCAUUAACAUUAGAACAAAAGACUAAAACUAUUGAGGCUUUAUGUCAAUCAGUUGCAUCAAUAUCAUGUAGUGAUACACCACGUGAAGAUAUUUCAAUUUGUGAUCGAAAAAAACCAUCUUCAACUGAAAAAGAAAGAUCAUCAUCAUCACCAUCAAAAGGUUCACCAAUGCAUCAAACAGUAACAUCACCACAUCCUCUUUCAUUACCAAUUGAAGAAAUUGAAUUAAUUUUUGAGAGAUUAGCUAAACAUACUCGAGUUGAAGAGGCUGUAAUUAAACGUAUUAAAGAUUUGGAAAUGCAUGUUAAUAUAACAAAAACAUCACUUGCGGAACUACAACAUGAACGUGAUGUACUACAGGAAAAAAUGUCUGAACAAAUGGUACGAAUAUCAUCACUUCAAUCAAAAUUAGAUGAACAAAAGAGACGUGCUGAAGAUUUACAAAGAAUUGGAUCAUCUGAUUUAAAUAUACGUAUACAUGAUUUACAAAAUGAUUUACAAAAUUUAACAGAAACAUUAUCGGCACGUGAUAAACAAAUAUUAAAUUUAAAAAAUCAUUUAGAACAAAGUAAAAAUAUUAUUGAUAGACAAGAAGCUGAAUUAGCAAUGGGUAUUAAUAGUGAUCGUAGUCAAUUGGAAAAACUUGAAAAUGAAUUAAAACAGAAAAAUGAAGAAAAUAAAAAAUUACGUGAAAAAAUUAAAUCAGAAAUGAUUAAUAAAUUAGCAUUACCAGAUCUAAUGGAAACAAUGUUAGCUGAUAAAAAUGAAGAAAUCGAUCAAUUACGUGAACAAUUGGAAACAAAAGAUAAAGAAUUACAAAAUUUAUUAGAAUUAAAUUCAAUUAAUAAUAGCUCUAAGGAUAAAGAUAAAACAAAUUCUGAAAAUGGUGCCGGUGAAGCAAAAUUAAGUGCCAGAACAUUAAGUGACAUUGUAUCAAUUUCUGAAUUUGAUGAACCUGAUAUUUUACGUAAAGCAAUACCACAACAAAAUACUCCAUUAGUAAUACCACAACCAAGUGAUACUCAUUUACCGGAACAGACUAUGAAUACAUCCAAAAUGGGAUUAGCGAAUUUAACUGAGAAACGCACUGAUGAUUUAGCAUUGUUUAAUUCAUUACAACAACCACCAUCAUUUAAUCAACCAAAUUUCUUUGCACCAGAAACAUCAGUUCCUAGUGGAACUUUGAGUAGUGUUCCAUCAUUUGCUCCACGACAGAUAAACUUUUCAGAAUUUAUUAACGAUUCAACACCAAAGAAAGGAAAUUCAGAAUCAAGUAGCAAUAGUGACAAUGAAGAUGAGCCAAAAAGUUUAAAAUUAAAAUUAGAUUCAGCUCGUGGUGAGAUUUCUGAAUUAAAAAUAUCACUUGAACGUAUUUCAAAAGAAAAAAAUCAAACAGUUGAAAGUUUACAAAAAGAGCUUGAGGAAAAUAAACAAACUUUAAAUAAUCUUGGUACAGAAAAAAUUAAAUUAGAACAGCAAAUCACUGAACUUGAUACAAAAAUAAAAAAAUACACAGAUUUAGAAAAUGAAUUUAAAUUAAAAGAAGAGAAUUUCAAAAAAUUAGAAAAUGAGUUUAUACAAUUGCAAUUAAAGUUAGGACAAUGUGAAGACUGUUUAGAUGAAAAAACCAAAGAAAUUACAAAUUUAGAAAAACAAAUUAUGGAAGUGGGAAAUGAAAAUACAGAUUUGAAAAAUAAAAUUGAAAAUUUAAGUAAAAAUAAUAAUUCGGCUAACGAAAUUGAAAUUUUAAAUGAAAAAAUAAGAAAAUUAAGUGCAGACAAUAGCACAUUGCAAGCAAAAUUAGAUGAUUUAAAUGCACUUAAUUUCACAGAGACAAUAUUAUUGCUUAAUAAUCAAAUUGAUAUAUUAAAGGAAACUGUUGAAGAUAAAGAUAAAAUAUUAGAAACAUAUGAGGUUCGUUUUUUAGAUUUUGAAGAUAAAUUAAAAAUUUCGGAAGAAAAAGCAAAGGAACUCCAAAAUAAAUUGUCAGAAUUGUCAUCCAAAAACAAUAAUUUUAUUGAAUUAGAGAAACUAACAGAAGAAUUGAAUAUAGUACGUUCUAAUUUAUCUGAAAAAUCUAUUUUGUAUGAGAAAUGUUUGCUUGAUAUAAAAGAACUGAAAUCUGAUAAUGAAAAAUUAAAAGAAUUUUUAAAUGAAAAAGGUAAAUUAAUUGAAAAAUUAAGUGAAGAACCAGAAAAAGAAAACAUCAACGAAAUAAAAGAAAAGUUAACAACAGAAAAAAUUCGCAAUUCGGAUCUUGAAAAGCGUUUGUCGGCAUUAGAAGGUGAACUAGAAAAAUUGAAAUUACAACAAAAUAAUGAAAGUUUAAAUAAACAAUUAACAUUAGAUGAAAUUGCUCAACAAGUUGAACGUGAAUUAAAUUAUUCUGCACAAUUAGAUUCAAACAUAUUAAAAGCUAUAGAGAGCGAAGAAGAAACUAAUGUAGAAUUCAAAACUGAUAGUGAAAAACUAAUGGAAAGAGAUUUACUCAAUCAGUUAAAAUCAGUUAAAGACGAAUUAGAGCAGCACAAACUUGCUUCAGUUCAAAUUUCAAAACAGUUAGAAGACGAAAGGAAACUAUCUAAAGCACUUAAGGAUGAAUUAAACUCAUUAAAACUAUAUUCAGAAAAGAUUGCUGCAGAACUAAAUCAAGAAAAAAUACAUUCAGCUGAAAUUCAACAACAAGAUUCUGAAAUCAUUGAUGCAUUACGUAUUCGUUUAGAAGAAGUCUUACAAAAAGAACAAGAAUUACAUAAAUUAAUAGAUGAAGAACGUGAAAAAUGCAAUCGUUUAACAACACAAAUAUCGGUUUUACAACAUUCGGAGGCAAAGAAAGCUAGCUUAAUGUUAAAGUCACCACCAGAUUCACCUAGAAAAGCAUCAGGUUCUCCUGAUUUUGAAAAUAAUUUAAUACGUCGUUUAAAAAGUGAAAUAGAACUAUUAACUUCUCAGAAUAAACGUGAACGCGAAAGAAUGGCUGACUUGCAAAAACUUUUUGAAAGAGAAAAGUCUCGAUUUGAAAGUGAAUUGAAAGAUCAUAUUGAUCAUGGAGAAUCAUUUAAAUCUAAACUUGAACGACUUAUCAAAGAAAAAGAUUUGUCCGAUCAGGAAAUAGAACGCUUACAGGAACAUACAAUUUUACAGACACAAGAAAUAGAAUCUUUAACAAAACGAGUUGUAGCACUUCAGGAAGCCGAAACAAGACGUCUUCAGAGACGGGAAAAAGAACGUUCAGAAAGUACUCAAAAUUUAGUUGAUUUGCAAGACUUAAAAACAAAACUUCAUACAUUAGAAAUAGAACGUAAUCAUAUGAAUCAAACCAUAGAUUUAUUAAGAGGUGACGUUGAGCGUAGCGCUAAACGUGAAGCAAAAUUAGCUGAAGCUUUGGCAUCACAAUCACCUGAUGCAAGUAUUCCACAACAAUUUUUAGGAAAAAUGAAAGAAAUGAAUACAUUACUUAAAGAAAAUAUGAAAGAGUUGAUGGAUGAACGAAAAGCUUUACAGCGCAAAUGUGAAGAACUGGAAAAUCAUUUGGCUAGUAGCGGUUCGAGUGGAAUGACUAACACAAAUGAAUUAGCAGAAAGAGCAAAUCAUUUACUGGGUCGUUUACUACGUGUUGAAAGCCAUAGAAAGGCUCUUGUUCACCAAAAACGUUAUCUCAUGAUUUCACUAUUAAGCUAUCAGGAAAGUGAAGCUAAAGCAAUGGCAUUAAUUAAUGGUAGUGAUAGUAUUUUGCAACCUAAAAGGAAUUUAUUUAAGUCGGUAGCAUUAGCAAUUAUUGCAAUACAAAGAAUGAAAUUUAUAGCUAGGCGUUGGCAAACUGGAAAACGAAUAGUAUCAAAAUCAGUUUUUACAAUAACGCAACAAAAACGUGCACCAUUAAAUGCAACAAAUUUUUAUAAUGCUGCACCAAUAUCAAUUUCACCACCAUGUAGGGAUACAAAUCCACCAGCAAAUGCAACAACUGCUAUUAAUAUAAAUUCUCCACCGUUCCAAUUACAAUCUCCAACUUUAAUUACAGAAUACGUAGGAAAUCAGCAUCAUCAUCAUCAGCAUCAGCAUCAGCAUCAACAGCCACAACCUCAAAAAUUUGAUUGGAGUCGACUAAAGAAAUGAAUUAAGAAGAAAAGCAAUUAUUGAAGAAAAUUUAAUUUUAAAAUUUGCAUGUAUUAUAAUUUAAAUCUCUUGUUUAUCUUUUAUUUUUUAUUUAGUUUAGUUUUUAAGUUUUAUUUAAGAUGAGUGAUUCCUUUCUAAAUUUCUUUGUAGGUGAGUGAAAUAUUAUUCUGUUAUACGUAGAUAUUUUACUUAUUUUUUUUUUUUUCUUUUAAAUUUACUAGUCUCCAGUAUUUAUUAGAUUUAUACUUUUUUCAUGUUUUUUAUAUUAAGUUUCUAAUUAGUUAUUUUAAACUUAAAUUAGAUUUAGAAUUUAUUUUUAUAAAAAGGAAUAUUGUUAGAAUCAACUGCAAAAAUGAAUUAUUAGAGAAAAGUUCUAGUGCCAAAUAAUUUUGGUUAUUCUGGUUUUAUUUUUAAAUGGUUUAUAUCUGAUUUAAUAGAAUUUUAUUUAUCGCCUCAUUCAAUUUGAGGCCUCGGUUUUGUUAUAAUACACUUUUGUAAUGUAAUUUUUGGCAACGUUUUCAUUUUAUCAUUAAACCACAAUUAAUUGCAUCCUAGCCCAUUUCGAAAAAGUUUUUAUUUUUUAUUAAAUUUAUUAUAAUUAAUUUUUCAACUGAAUUUCUUCUUUUAAUAAAUUAAAUCCAGUUUAUCAGUCCAGUAAUAUUUUAUUUUAAUACUUAUAUUGUGCAGUUUAUUCUAACAAUAUUUAUAAAAUUAAAAUUGACCUCUUUCAAAUUUUUACAUCAAAUAAAAUUUUGCACUUUUUAAAAAAAAAAUUAAAGAAACAAAUAAUUUUAAAAUUAUUUUAUGAAAGAUUUUCUUUUUUUUUUUUU